AUGACUAGGAGGUCCAACAAGGACAACCUAGUUGAACAUCCAGAGAUAGACAAGCUUGAGAAGCAACUUAGGAAGCAGAAAGCCCAAGAGAUGGCCGACGAAGCAGCUCGCGCUCACGCCGCUGAAGUGGCGCGCGCUCAAGAAGAAGGAAGAGAUCCACCUCCUCCUCCUCCUAAUCCACAAGACCCUGCUGGAGAUCCUCAGAUCAUAGCAUUGGUUAGACAGAACCAAUUCAAUGGACUUCCAGCUGAGCACCCUCUUGAUCACAUAGAAAACUUUGAAGAAAUUUGCAGCACUACAAGAUCCAAUGGAGUCUCUGCUGACUACCUUAAGUGCAAGCUCUUUUCAUUCUCUCUUGGCGACAAAGCUUCAAGAUGGUUGAAGUCUCUGCCAGCUCACUCCAUCACCACUUGGGAUGAGUACAAGGCUGCAUUCAUCAACCACUUCUACACCAAACAGAGAUCAAUUUCUGUGAGGAACAAGAUCUCCAACUUUCGCCAAGCCAACAAUGAAUCUUUCUAUGAGGCGCUAGACCGAUUCAAGGAGUACAUUAGGGACUGCCCUAAUCAUGGUUUCAAUGAGGGAAACCUAUGGAACAUCUUCUAUCGUGGCAUAGACCACAAGUACAAGCUUUCAUUGGACACAGCAAGCAAUGGAAACUUCAUGACCAAGACUGUUGAUGAAGCUAAGGUUCUUAUUGAGAAUCUUGCAGCUAGUGAUUGUAACAACUGUCCUGAUUAUGACCGCUCAAGCCGCACCACUACUAGCUCCCCUGAUUCUUUUCAAAUGACUGAACUCAAGAACAUGAUGGCUCAAGUUCUUAAGGGACAGCUCAAGCAUAUCAAUGCAAUAGAAGGGAUGAGUGAUGCUAAUGAAGACCAUCAAGAGAAUGCAUGGGAGAUUUCUCUAAUGAAGCCAAUGAAGAAGAUGUGA